AUGGCUACCUACUUUCCCCGAUUACUUCCUACUCGCUCCGCCGCGGAUCCCUUUCAAAUCCCAUUGCAUUUGAUGAGCCACCCCCUCUCCACAGGAACUUGUGUAGGUCCCUAUCGAAUGGAACGUCUGCUGGGUCGUGGAAACUUUGCUGUUGUGAAGUUGGCUACCCACACCCAACUCAAUGUACCCGUAGCUGUGAAAAUUAUCAAUAAGGAACUGGUUGGUGGACAGAAUCUUGCUAAAAUGGCGAGGGAACUAGAGGCUAUGAAGAUGUGCUACCGACAUCCUAACGUUGUGAGAUUCUUUGCACACGCUUUCACCGAGAAGGAAGCAAGGGAACUGUUUUGGCAAGUUGUCUGCGCCAUCGACUACUGCCACAAGUUGGGCGUCGUUCAUCGCGACUUGAAAGCGGAGAACCUACUCAUUGAUGCGGAUUUCAAAAUUAAAGUUGCUGAUUUCGGCUUCUGCAAUUUCUUCACCCCAAACAACCUACUUACAACGCACUGUGGAAGUCCGCAAUACGCCGCUCCAGAACUCUUCAAAGGGGAAUCCUACGACGGACCUCUUGUGGACGUUUGGGUAUGCUGUCCAUAA